CCUUUUCCACCAGGGCUGUGGCCCCCAGGCAGCAGUGCUCAGCGAGCCCCUAUCAUCUCUAAGAAUAAACUCUGAAGCUGCAGGCUGUGCGGACCUGAAUCAUCGGGAAGCCCAUCGAGGAGGGGAGUGGCUUUCCGGGACAGGCAAGUGGACUAUAUAAGCCCCAGAGGGCUGGCGCUGCCCCGAUCUCUUCCACCGGCUUCUGCCUGCCAGAGGGGAGCCUUUGCAGCAGCUCACGCACAACGCCCACCAUGUCCCAGGCUGGUGCUCAGGAGGCCCCCAUCAAGAAGAAGCGCCCCCCCGUGAAGGAGGAAGAUCUGAAGGGGGCCCGUGGGAACCUGGCCAAGAACCAGGAAAUCAAGUCCAAGACCUACCAGGUCAUGCGGGAGUGUGAACUAGCUGGUUCCACCGCCCCGUCGGUGUUCAGCGGCACCCGGACCGGCACCGAGACCGUCUUUGAGAAGCCCAAAGCUGGACCUGCCAAGAGUGUCUUUGGCUAAGAAGUGCACACCAUUCCUCUCGCCACUGCCAACUCCUAGAUGCAGGAGCAUUUCCCAAAAACUUUUUUUAUGCCAGAAUGCACCUUCUCACCUGCUGCCUCUGGGACUGCCACCUGUCCCUCAGAGCCCUGGUCCCUCAGCCCAGGGAGUCUGCACCGGCACCUGGGGAACAAUAAAGAGGAUGCCCAAGUGA